CAGCGCGGGGCAGCGCGGGUAACGGCCGGCAUGGGGGCGGCCAUGUUGGCCAAAGAUUAUAGAGGAGCUCAUCUAGUGUAUUUGAUGUUGGCGGCGGCGGCGGCGGCGAAACGUUUCUGUGAAGAAUGUCUUCGCGAUCCUUUGACAAAAUAAACGUGGAAACAAAUUCACAAUCAGAUCUGUUUGAACAGAAUAAUAAGUUGGAAAAUGACGCUGAGCUGAGGAGUUGUGAAUUAUCCUCUUCCUCCGGUUCCACUUCUUCCCUGCUGUCUCCCAUUUACCAUGAAAGUUAUGAAAGUGAAGAUGAGGAGAAUGAGUCACUGAACAAACAGGCCGACAGACUUCAAAGGGGAAAAUCAGAAUCCACUCCAAGGAGAAGGGAAGAUAGUUUCUUAAAAGGUCAAGUGGUUUCCACUCCAAGUGGAAAAAAACAAUCCAGAAAGACCAUCCACUUGAAGAGAGAUGCGUCAUCCAAGGGAUGUGAUUUGGAGCUUUCCAAAAGUUCCACGACUUCUCUGCUCUCGCCUAUUUACCAUGACAGCUAUGAAAGUGAGGAGGGUGAGAGCGAGGCUUCCCAGACGCCUGCCAGCAGCAUUUCAAAUGGAGAAAUUGCAUCCACUGCAAAUAAAACCCUGACUAAAAAGUUGGCAAUAUUAACUCCAGUCAGAUCAAAAACUCCAAGACCUAGAACUUCUGCAAGAAAGACAAAACUAAGUGAGGAGCAGCAACAUUUAAAGGAAGUUGAGCUUACUGCAUGGGAGGAGUGGCUGAUCAAGAAAGCUAAGGAAGAACGUGUUGAAUUGCAAAAGAAAUCUGAGCAGGAGAUGGUAUUGAAACAAGUAAAAUUAAAAGAACAUGAGGAGUUCGAAAAGAAAAAAAUUCGUGCAGAAGAAGAGCAUAAACGUUGGGUGCAGAGGAAAAAUAAAAAGGAAAAGUUGGUAAAAGAAGAAAAACUUCACAAGGAGCGGGAGGAAAAAAAUGUCAAGGAGCAAGAAAGAGAAUGUGCUGCAGACAAAGCCAGGCAAAGAUUUCAGGAAUGGCUGAAGAAAAAGGAGCUUCAGAAAAUGAGGAUGAAGAAAAUUGAAAAGGAUGCUGAUGAGAAAAAAAUGGUGGAAACACAGGAGAGGAAAGAGAAGGCAGAGAAGGUUUUCCGCGAGUGGGUAGAAAAGGUGAAAACGAGACCACGGACUGCCCCAAGCAGCUUCGGAUACGCUAAUGGUAAACUCACAGGGUACUAUGAUGGAUGUUCGUACCCAGCUCCGAGCUACUGUAAUCCAAUUCCAUGGAAACCCAUCCCUGCGCCGUGUUCAGAAGAUAACAUUAAAAAAACAACCCUGAAGGAGAAAGCAAAGCCAAAAUCAACAUCCCUGUACAUCCCACAUUCCAAUGUUGCUUUCAGACCAAAGGACAAUCUCCUUGUUGGCAAUGGUUGGAGGAAAGCAAGAUGACUUUUGUCCAGCACCUUCCAUUAUUUACAUCUUUAUCUUGUAUUUAUUUCCUCCUGGAAUUAAUAUCAGAAGCACAUUUUUUUCCAGAUUUAUAUUUUAAUUAAAAAAUGGUUUUAUAUUCCUCUUUCAUUAAGACCAGAGUUUGCUUUUGCUCUCUGAAUACCUAGUGCCCAUUAAACACUAUGAGUGAAUAUAAAAUAUUGUUUUGUUUGUGUCUCUUUUAAGUAUAUUACUGUAAUUACCCAUAUAAAGUUAACUUUUGGUACAUUAUCUUUAGGACGACUGAAAUAAGGUUGAAUAAACUAAGGAAUGUUCUAUUUUAAAAUCCAAUAUUAUGUAUGAGAUGGAUCUUUAGUAAUCUCACAGUCAAGAAUUAUUACUGGUUUACUGAUUUAUCAUUAUUAUUGUCACGUGUACUGUGAUUCAGUGAUUUUUUUUGUUGAUGUAUUAUCCAGUCAAAUCUUAUGCAUGACUGCAAAUCCUAGAAAUUUAGUAAAUUUAUAAGUGAUAGGAGCAGUAAUCAGGCUAUUCG